AUGACCCAACCCGUCGUCCGUCCGCAGUUUACUCCACUGCCAUGUGACACAAACACUAGUGCUGAAUACGCUCCCCUCCGGACAUCAUGCAGCGGCAGGACUGAGAUAUGGACACCCAUCAUACGCUGCCCUGCUCCAUUCACAACCGAGUUUUUUGAAAACGCAGUGGACCAACUCGUACACCACCCAGAGUACAACUCGACACUUAUAUUACGAUCCGAGACGCUGAGCGAUGUGCGUUUCUCGGAGGAUGACGGUCCAGCCCGUGAACAGGAAGAUGCUGAGACGAUGCUGCUCAAGGCUCUUACGCACUGCGAUCUCGAGGGAUAUAGACCUGUGCGUGCGAUACGCCGACGGCUGUUACCGCGCAGGCCGGGAAGAGAUGCGAGUCUUGAACAAACGUGUGUAUUUUAUACCGCAACGGUCACAAGCACGGAAGUAGGAAAAGUACAUGCUCUGGAGGGGGAACAUACUACUACACCGAUGUACGAAGACGAGCAAGACAGCGCAACAUCGCUGCUGAUACUGACUCCGCUCUUGAAAGACGGCGAAUCAUUGCCUUAUUACCAUCCUGCAGUAAGGCGUCUUGCAGUGAGGUACGUCCAGAAUAUCCAGGAACCUUGUAGUGAGUCGGAAACGACGACCCUAGCUUCUGGUAUGCUCCUCAUCGAAGCCGUCCUCCCCCCAUCGGGGCCCACCCCACCUCAUCCACCCGACUCUAAUUCCCGCCUCUACCGAACCUGCCUCGCCCUUCUUGACACUGUCCACCGAUAUGGGUGGGGCGCACUCACGCAUUAUCGCAAACGUGUCCACCAUGACACGCUCGUCCCACGCGAGACAUACCAAGAUCUAUACCUCGUCCUGCGAGAGCGGUACAAGCAUCUCGUCAGUCAAUGGAAGGAGGCGACGGAUCCAGCAAAGCAUGUGUUCGAGGAUGUAGGCAUUGCAACUUUUUUGAUGUUGUUCUGGAAGGCGACGUAUGGGACUCGUCGCGAUGGCAGUGUCGAACCUGAUGCUGAUCAUGGAGGCGGGGCGGAUACAAAUAUGAUGCCAUGCAGAAACUGGCCUCGUCCUGCGGGUGGGUUUCUGGACCUAGGAUGCGGAAAUGGACUCUUAGUUCAUAUCCUUGUUUCUGAGGGGUACGUUGGUCAUGGUAUCGAUGUGCGAGCACGCCAGUCCUGGUCUCACUAUCCCGAAGCGACGAGAAAAGCUCUGCACGUCUACUCCCUUGAUCCUACGGGUUACAUCCACCACCCUCGAACAGAAUCCGCAGGAUCAAGUGGCAAUCUAAAAUCCUCCGACGAUACCAAGAACGACACCGGAACAGACUUCUUCAAGCCAGGCGUCUUCCUCAUCGGAAACCACGCCGACGAGCUGACGCCAUGGGUGCCUGUAUUGGCGACGCUCUGCGAUGCCGUAGGAUACCUUUCCAUCCCCUGCUGUGCAUGGGGAUUCGAUGAGCGGUUUGCGAGGUCUUCGACAGCGACAUCUUCGCUGCUUUCGUUCUACUGCAGAUCAUCUCUAUAUGAUCCAUCUACUAUCAACCUCGAGGGAGACAUGGACGACGAAUCUGCGUUCAUAGAAACCCUCAAUCUUGGUGCAGAGGGCACUCGUAAAAGUCAGUACUCGGUGUAUAGAAUAUGGUUGGCAAGAUUGAGUCGGUGGAUGGGGUGGAAAGUUGAAUGCGAGGUGUUGAGGAUUCCGAGUACGAGAAAUUGGGGGGUCGUUGGUCGGGAACGGUUGCACGUUGGAGGAGAUGAGGAUGGGGAGCUGUUCAAGGAACGAGCGAGGGAGAUUGUGAGGGAAGUUGUGAGACGGGGCGUGUUUAAGACGAGGAAGCCAGAGGGCAAAGCGGGAGAUCACUAAACCAUAGUGGACUUCGACUACUAGGCGUGUAUAAACUGUCUAAAUCCUUUCCUCUAGGCUGCGUAUACA